AUGAGCAAAGCUGCCAUCCUCCUGGCGUGCCUCGCGCGCGCCGCCGGCGACGCGCCGGCGCUCCUCGGCCGUCCCGCGGACACGUCGCUGAAGAGCGUGCCGCGCUUCCCCGGGCCAGCGGCGACGGAGUGCUUCGCCGGCGAGGUCGCCGGCCGCGCCUACGCCGAGGGCAGCGGCCACGCGCUCGUCAACUUCAGCGCCUUCGUGACCUUCCGCGCCGAGGGCUGCAAGGUCAAUCACCUCACGGCCUACAACGGCAGCGCAACCGCGCCCUGGUACAGCGGGGGCUGCAGCCUCUUCAACGGCGUCGUCGCGGCGCGGCCCGCGGCCGCGUGGCCGCUGCCCCAGGUGCGCCAGCGCAGCGACAGCUUUUUGUCGAGCGGCGCCUACGACGAGCUCGAGCGCCUCGCGGCGCAGCGGCCCGUGAGCCCGGAGAUGCGCGAGGCCGAGCGCCGGCUCCACGCGGCGCGGCGAUCCGGGAGCCGCGCGGACUGGGGCCUCUCCGUGACGCCGGACGGCAAGGCGCUCCUCUUCGGCGUCGGCCGCCGCGACUUCCGCCACUCGACGUCGCCGGGGACGCCCCUCGGCGCCGCGCGGGGCCGCGUCGACGGCACGCUCCGCGCGCCGAAGUCGCGCGGCACGUUCUUCGACGGCCACUGGCACGACGUCCUCGUCGCGCGCGUCGUCGCCGGCGCGGCGAGCACGUUGUACGUCUACGUCGACGGCGAGCUCGCCGCGUCGGGGCCCGGGGGCCGCGCGGUGGCCUUCGAACCGUCCGCCGCGGACCGCCGGAACUUCGACUUCGACGGCGGGAGCGGCGUGGCGGCGCUCUACGACGCGCCGGCGCGCGUGCCCGUGGGCCAGCUGCUCGUCGGCUGCCUCCGGGGCGCGUCCAUCGUGCCCCUGGCCUACGGCGCGGCGAAGGUCGCCGAGGCCCACGGGUCGGGCUUCUUCGCGGACGUGCUUCGGAGGGCCGCGCCGGACAAGCGGGUCCAGGCCGAGUACCCGGUCUACUACAGCGCGCACACGGACCCGGGGUCGCGCCACAUGGCCGACCUGUUCCUGGCGUCCCUGGAGCGCAACGGCAACGGGGCCCGCGUCGUACCCCGCGAGGCGACGGUGACGACGGCGCAGCGGACCAUGGCCGAGCGCUUCGGGACGAAAACGACCCUCGUCGCGACGGCCCUCGGCGCCCAGCCCGAGGGCACCUACGCGGCCAUCACGGAGCUCGACGUGCGCUUCUUCGCGGGCGCGCCGAUCGCGGACCUCGUCGACGACGCGCUCGAGCGGUGCGGCGACGGCUGCGACGGCGUCUUCCAGCGCGAGGACGACACGUCGCUCCACCGCAAUUUGGGGUUCAUGGUCAUCAAGGUCGACCGGCGCGUGAAGAAGCUCUUCGAGCACGUGGGGCUCGCCGCGGCGACGUCCGGGCGCGUCCGCGGCGGCGUGCACCGGGGCCCGAACUUCCCCGCGGUCAAGGCCAUCAAGGCGCCGACGGACCAGAUGGUGCUCAACGUCGCCCUCUGGGAGCCCGAGAAGCUCUUCACGCUGGACGACGCCUUCGUCGCGGGCGCGGCGCGGCCGAUCCUGAGGACGACGGUCUUCCCGGCCGCCGAGGUCGCGACGCGCGCGUUCCUCCUGCAGCUCGCGCUCCGCUACAAGCACAAGGGGGCCUUCGCGCUCUACCACGUCAACGACUUCGGCGGCAUCUCGUCGCCGGACAAGGCGCGCGACGCGAAGAUGGCCGAGCUCGACGUCAUCGAGCGCGCCGUCUACAACGCGCGCCGCGCGGGCGAGGAGGAGUGCAACGCGACGGCCGCCGAGCGCGCGGGCAUCGUCGCGUCCUACCUCGUCGGCCCGCGGCCGAAGAAGCGCAAGCUGCCCAAGAAGAAGCACGUCACGCUCGACCUGAAACGCGUCCGGCACUCGGGCAGGGUGAACUCGAUCUAA